AUGCUUCGCAGCAUACAAAAGAUGGCAGAAACAGCAGCUAAAAGAGUCAAGAUCUCGCCGGUCAGUAUCGGAACCCACAAUGGCCAUUUCCACGCCGAUGAAGCCCUCGCAGUCUACAUGCUCCGCCUCCUCCCCACCUACCAAGAUUCUCAACUCAUCCGUACUCGAGACCCAGCCCUGCUCCAGACAUGCCACACCGUCGUCGAUGUAGGAGGAGAGUACGAUGCGUCCGUUCAUCGAUAUGAUCACCACCAGCGUACUUUCACCACGACCUUCCCCAAUCGCCCUACGAAGCUCUCGUCUGCGGGGUUGGUGUAUAUGCACUUUGGGAAAGCAAUCAUUGCGCAGAAACUUGGGAUCGAGGAGGACGCAGAGGAAGUUAGUAUCAUAUGGGAAAAGAUCUAUCAGAGUUUCAUCGAGGCUUUGGAUGCUCACGAUAAUGGUAUCUCCGUCUACGACCCAAAAGCCAUCAGCGCCGCCGGGCUGGAGAAGCGAUUCAGUGAUGGAGGGUUCUCUCUUGGUGCCAUGGUCUCAAGACUGAAUCCGAACUGGAACGACGCAAUUCCCUCAGACGUUGUCGAGGCACAGAAGUUCGAAGAUGACAAGUUCUUGGUUGCUAGUGCAAGAAUGGGCGAGGAGUUCUCGAGAGAUUUGGAGUAUUAUACCAAUGCAUGGUUGCCAGCAAGGGAUAUUGUUCAUAAGGCAUACAAAAAACGAUUGGAGUAUGAUCCAGAAGGAAGAAUCCUUGUCUUUGAUGGACAAUCUGUUCCGUGGAAAGACCAUCUCUACACCCUGGAGGAUACUGAGGGCACAACUUCAAAAGUUCUCUACGUGCUGUACCCUGAAAAGCCAGCACCGGAUGCCAAAUGGAGAAUUCAAUGCGUCCCAGUCACCAUGGAUUCGUUCGAGAGCAGAAAGCCAUUGCCAGAGGCGUGGAGAGGAUUCAGAGAUGAAAAGUUGGAUGAGGUCUCAGGGAUUGCCGGAGGUGUCUUUGUACACGCUGCAGGAUUCAUUGGUGGAAACAAGACCUUCGAUGGUGCUAUUUCGAUGGCUAAAAAGGCUCUCGUUUGA